AUGUCCCUAGUGCCUCUUCCUUCUUCAAUCAUACCCUUUCUCGAACCAUACCUUCCUCGAGAGAAAAAUGACCGGCCAUUUGUAACACUCACUUGGGCGCAGUCAAUUGACUCGCGGAUCGCCGCAGCUCCGGGAACGCAGACCAAAAUCUCGCAUCCCGAGACGAAAACGAUGACCCACUACUUGCGGGCCUAUCACGACGCAAUUCUUGUAGGAAUUGGGACUGUUCUAGCCGAUGAUCCGAAACUCACCUGCCGCUAUGGGAAUUUCUCGAAAAUUCGCCCGGUGGUGGUGGAUCCAGCCGCCAAAUGGGACUAUUCGAAGUCCACUAUCAGUACGCUCUGUCAGGAACUCAAAGCACUUGCACCAAUUAUUUUGACGAAUAGGGAAGCGGAACCGCUGAAAGAAAAUGUAGAACUUCUUCAAUCGCAUGGUGGCUCCUACAGAGCGUUGCAAUUCCUGCUGGAAUACGAACACAAUUGGAUAGAGGUCCUACGAGAGCUUCAUGCGUGCGACAUCAAGUCAGUAAUGAUAGAGGGUGGUGCAAAGGUGAUUAACUCAUUGUUGGUUUCGGAGAAUUUGGUGGAUUCUGUCAUUGUAACCAUUGGGCCCGUGUUUCUUGGAAAGCAGGGUGUAGAAGUGUCGCCUCCAGCGGGCCUCGAACUACAGGAUGUGGCCUGGUGGAGAGGCACAACCGAUAGUGUAAUGGCUGCACGAUUAAUAACCUUGCCUGAAGUGGAAGAUCUGGAUGAGACCACCGAAUAG